AUGGUUUCCGAGCGUGAAAGCAAGACCUUCCUCGCCCGCCUCUGCGAGCAGGCUGAGCGUUAUGAUGAGAUGGUAACCUACAUGAAGGAGGUCGCGAAGCUCGGUGGUGAGCUUACUGUCGAUGAGCGUAACCUUCUCAGCGUCGCCUAUAAGAACGUUGUCGGCACCCGCCGUGCCUCGUGGCGCAUCAUCUCUUCCAUCGAGCAGAAGGAGGAGUCCAAGGGCUCGGACAAGCACGUCUCCACCAUCAAGGAGUAUCGUUCCAAGAUUGAACUCGAGCUGGAAAAGGUUUGCGAGGAUGUUCUCAACGUCUUGGACGAGUCCCUCAUUCCCAACGCCGCCACUGGCGAGUCCAAGGUCUUUUAUCACAAGAUGAAGGGUGACUACCACCGAUACCUCGCCGAGUUUGCGUCUGGUGAGAAGCGCAAGGGUGCCGCCACCGCCGCCCACGAAGCUUACAAGAACGCCACCGACGUCGCUCAGACCGACCUCACUCCUACCCACCCUAUCCGCCUGGGACUUGCUCUGAACUUUUCGGUUUUCUACUACGAGAUCUUGAACUCACCCGACCGCGCCUGUCACCUUGCCAAGCAGGCAUUUGAUGACGCCAUUGCCGAGCUCGACUCGCUCUCCGAGGAGUCCUAUCGCGACAGUACUCUUAUCAUGCAGCUGCUCCGCGACAACCUGACGCUGUGGACCUCAUCCGACAAUGCUGAAGCUGAGGGCGCUGGCACCGUCGAUGCUCCUAAGAAGGAGGAGGGCGACUCUACGGAGAAGCCUGCCGAGGAGACAAAGGCCGAGGAGCCUGCCCCUGAAGCUACCAGCUAA